GGUGCAUGCCGGUGCUGGGGUACCACCCUUACCGAUGCGGUCAGUGCCCGUCCCAGCAGGGUGGGGGAUGCCCGUGCGGGGCUGUGCUAGUGCUGUGCUAGUGCUGUACGGGGACGUGCCCGUCCCGGUAUGGGAGGGGGAUUGCCGGUGCCCGUCCCAGUGCUGCGGGGAGGAUGCCGGUCUCGGUAUCGGGGCGGAUGCUGUGUGGAUAUGGGGAGAUGCCGUUGUGGGGCUGAGGUCGCCGGUCCCUCAGGUGCAGGAGAUCGUGUUCAGGAACUUCUACACGGCGUUCCUGAGCGUGCGGGUGCAGCGGCCCGGCCCCAGCGGGUCCCGGCGCUGGGUGACCUGCCUGCGGGACCUGUGCCUGAUGCCUUGCCCACACACCGAGGAGGGUUCCCAGGACUACUUCUGCCUCCGCCGGCACCAGAUGCUGUGUGAUGUGGACCAGGUGACAGCAAUGCGAUUCAUCCUGCGACAGCCCUCCCCAGUCUGGCUCCACUUCACCAUCGAGGACCUGCAGAUUUUCCCCCCUGGACAGAAGAGUCCGCAGAAGGAUUUUCCCUCCUGGCUCUCCCAGCUGACCCCUCCGGAGCAGCCAGUCAGUCUGCACGGGGAGCUCCCUGAUCCGGAGAAGGUGUCGACAGAGGUCCAGCAAAUGUGGGUGCUGACAGAGGUGAUCCGUGCUCGCCAGGCAGCUGCCCGCAUCGGGCGCUUUGACGUGGAUGGCUGCUACGAUGUCAACCUGCUUUCCUACACCUGAACCCACUGGUGCUGGUGCCAGCUGGGGAGAAGUGCCCCUUCUGUGCUCCCGGGGCCUGAGUGGACUCCUGCAUUCCCGCCUCGGCCAUUGACCCCGCGGGGGUCCUAAGCCCUCCCUGUGCCCCUUCCCUGAUUCCCUCUGCGCUGCCCAGCUGUGAGGGGCAGCGCUGCCACUCCAGAGACCCCUGUGAGCCUCUCCUGUCCCGUGGGCAGAGCCCCCCCCCUGCCACUCCAGAGACCCCUGUGAGCCUCUCCUGUCCCGUGGGCAGAGCCCGGACACUGCAAAGGGGUGCAGGGGGACCGAGGGGUGCGGGAUGCUGGAGGGAUCACCACUAAAAGCUGCUACGUUGGCCCUGCCUGUGCCCGCCUGUCUCUGGGGGAUGGGGUGGCCGUGCCGGCGGCCCCGGGGAGGCGGUGCCGAGGGCG